AAACAGAAACAGCACAGCACCCGUGUUUCUGUUGCUUCGCCGAAGUGCGGUGUUGUGGAAUUUGCGUUUCCACUGCUCUUCUCAUCAUUCCCUCUCCUCUCUCUCUCUCUCUCUCUCUCUCUCUCUUCGUUCCUAAUCUUUGUUCGAUUUUGCCUCCUCCAAACCCUCUCUCCUCUCCUCUUUUUAGUGUUAAGAGACCCCCGCUUCUUCCUACUUCAUCGUUCCCAAAAUCGAAUCUAGUUCCACACAAACCAAAAAUUCCCCGAUCAAAUCCCCACCUCAAUUACUUUUGAGCUCCCGCUUCCGCUGCUUCUUCCUCUCCCUCUUCAUGCUCCUUCGAAAGAAUACCAAGCGGGAGGCUUAAUUUUAGGGUUUCCCGCUCCCCCUUCUUUCCUUAUCUUUCUUAAUUGGCUGAUCAUCUGAGUUUGGUGGUUUACUACUUGAUGUAGUAUUGCCGUAUUGGGUGGGUGGGUAGGGGCCCUAGAGGGGUGGGUGUGCAAUAAAAAGAAUUAGUUAGUUCCCAUGGCCUCUGUUCUCUUCGUGGCCGUCGCGCUGCCGUGCGCGGCCGGAGCCACAGUGCUGGCCAUGCUCCACAUCUACCGGCACCUCCAGAAUUACACCGAGCCCACUUACCAGCGCCUCAUCGUUCGCAUCAUCUUCAUGGUCCCGGUCUAUGCUGUGAUGUCCUUUCUAUCCCUUGUUCUGCGUGAUCACUCGAUUUACUUCAAUUCAAUCAGAGAAGUUUAUGAUGCUUGGGUCAUCUAUAAUUUUCUUUCACUCUGCUUGGCAUGGGUGGGAGGUCCAGGUGCUGUAGUAUUGAGUUUGAGUGGCCGAGUUCUGAAGCCAUCAUGGGUGCUGAUGACAUGCUGUUUCCCUGCUUUCCCUCUUGAUGGGCGUUUCAUUAGGAGAUGCAAGCAAGGGUGUCUCCAAUUUGUGAUUCUUAAGCCUAUUUUGGUUGUGAUUACCUUCAUACUAUAUGCAAAAGGAAAAUAUGAGGAUGGGAACUUUAGCGUGAACCAAGCCUAUCUUUAUAUCACAAUCAUCUAUACAAUAUCCUAUUCGGUUGCAUUGUACGCUCUUGCUUUGUUCUAUGCGGCAUGUAGAGAUCUGCUUCGACCAUUCAACCCGGUCCCCAAGUUUAUAAUUAUCAAAUCAGUUGUUUUUCUCACGUAUUGGCAGGGUGUUCUGGUUUUCCUAGCAGCCAAGUCUGGAUUUGUGAAGAAUGCUGGAGAGGCUGCUGAUUUUCAGAACUUCGUGCUGUGCAUUGAGAUGCUUGCAGCAGCUGUUGGGCACUUGUUUGCUUUCCCUUACAAGGAGUAUGCAGGUGCUAAUAUAGGUGGCUCUCGCGAUCUUAGGAGAAGCCUCGCUCAUGCUUUAAAUUUGAAUGAUUUCUAUCAUGACACUGUUCAUCAGUUUGCCCCUACUUAUCAUGAUUACGUACUUUACAAUAAUGGUGAGGGUGAUGACGGAGCAAGGAAAUACCGAUCGCGCACUUUUGUGCCCACCGGACAGGAAAUGGAUGCCGUGAGAAGGAACAAACACGUGUGCACCGGCAGAGCCGACAAUGCGGAAUUAUCUAACAUCCCUUUGAGCAGUACGUCGCCAAACCAGUCGGAUCGGGAAGCAAUUAAAUCCUCUUUGCUCAAGGAAAAUGCUGCUGCUUCAGCACGCCCAUAUGAUCUAUCUAUCUUGAGCGACAUAGAUCUGUCCAAGUAUCCGGCUGAGGUCCCUGCUGUUGCUGAUUCAAGCAAACAAUUACCUUUAAAUGCACGAGGAACACUUUUGUAGGCAAAAUUGAAGCUCUGAAACAGUUGAAGCUCAGAAACAGUUGAACUGGGAAAUUGUGUAUUUUACUUGAUUUACUAUGAGCUUCGAUGCUUCAUAUGCUGCUCAAAUGUUACAGUAUUCACAGGUUCAGAGUGGUUGACAAUCAUUCUACUACACAUCAAUUAUAUUCCUCUUUUCAUUCUUUCAAUGAAUCAGCUAGAAAAUUUUUUUA